AUGGAGGAAGAUCAGAGGGGGCUUAACGCGUCUCCCGCGCACUGCGGAGGGAACGGCCCCAGUCACACUCCCUUCCCGCGAGGGAGCUCCGUAGGAGGCGCCGCAGGCAGCUCAUCCAAAGCUGGCGGAUGUACGUUUGUGUACUAUGUGGUCACAUCUGACGGAGAUGACCUCAAGUGCCCAAAUGCUUUUCGAGUUCCGAAAAAGAGCUCUCUUAUCACCCUUGGUGACGUGCGGAGGUAUUUCCCCCUGCCGGGCACAUAUCACUUCCGGUUCCGAGUGAAGGUGAAGGAGAACCCGUGGCCGCUCGCCGAUUCGUCACCACCUCAGCAGCCAUUUGUAUGGCUAGACGUCACGGGAGAUGACCAGCCUCUGCCGCUGUGUGAUCACCGCAUCUACGUAAAGGCUACGCGACUCAGCUGGCGCUCAGGUGGAACAGAGUCGCUGGGCGGCUUUCUGGAUGGAUCCCGCGCAGCUGGCAGAGACUCCCACGGAAGACCGCAGUACAGAACUGAGUGCGAAGGACCGCACGCAGGCGACGAUAGUUGCUUCUCAGAUUGCUCGUCUCGCGCAGGCGAGCCGGCCGCCACUCCUGCUCAGGCUGGCUACCCUCACGCCGGCGCCAGUGGCAGCGCCGCCGGUGCGCCGAGGCCGUCAGUGCCUGGCGGUAGUGCAGUUGCGGACUUCUUGCUUCUGGAUGAUGCACCGCCGUCGCGAAGCCAAGGCGGCGGCAACGUGUCAACGAAACUGGAUCAUAACAUCGACUUGAUUUUCUGA